AUGUCGGAAGUGGACCGCUAUUCAGAGGUUUCUGGGUCUCAGAUCAACCUUGAUAAAUGCGAAGAUCUAGAGCCUCAGAAAACUGUCAAAGUUCUCGGCAUCAAUUUUGGACAGGAUGAGGACUAUCAUCAGAAAAAUUGGGAAGGCAGACUGAAAGAUGUCGGUCAGAGGGUGGACCGCUGGAAGGGCAACGAUCAUCACGUGGCUGACCUUGGCCUGCCACAUUUUCUGGUGGAGAAUGCGGGCACCAAACAACUCCUAGCUGCAGAUCGCGACACGGAGACCAGGACCCAGGAAGACCGCGAUCCUAAUUCUCUUGAAGGUACACAUUCUCUAGUUCCUGGAGAUUGGGUAGUCCUGAAGAGGCAUGUAAGAAAGACCCUGGAGCCAAGGUUUGACGGUCCAUAUCAGGUGCAACUGACCACACCCACCGCCGUCAAGCUGAACGGGAGACCAGUCUGGGUCCAUGCAAGUCACUGCAAAAAGGUUCUGAAGACAGACAGUCACGAACAGGUGAAAGGAGGAAAACAUACAAAUUCCAUUUGGCAACUACAUCAACAGACUGCCAAGCAGCUGAAUACUACUGACUGUUGGAUAUGCUCUCAUAUCCCUGCCAACUACAAGGGAAUCCCUCUGAUAGGUGUUCCAAUCUCUAUGAAUGAUUUGAAUCUCACAGACUAUAGCUAUGAUGUUCAAAUAGAUGUAGAUCACACCUCACAUAAUGCUGUUUCUGAUCAAGGGAUAUACUUAGAGAUUACUGGUAUAAUCUCUCCGCCCACUAUAUGUUUGGGGCCUAUGUUUGUGAACCAUAUAGCUAAGAUAAAGGGCCGUUUUGUCAGUUUACCACAGAUAUAUGUGGGGGAAACAGAUUGUAGAAAUGCUACUCUGAUAUUCAAUAUGGAAUUUAGGAAGACUUCAUGUGACAUAGUUAAUACUAACUGUAAUAGUUGUGUUUCUGUCCAACUAUGA